GUGGAAAGGUACGAUCAGCGGGAACCCGGUGUGUGUCCGCCCUUGCCUGGGUGCCGGGUUCACUAAGGCAGGACACAGACGCCACCCGAGGUAACGAGACCCUGGAAGCGGUAUGCCUCUCACGAGUCGGUGGGAAGUACCAGACAACGGCCAGGGUGGAAAGGUACGAUCAGCGGGAACCCGGUGUGUGUCCGCCCUUGCCUGGGUGCCGGGUUCACUGCAGAGGAUCGACCGCAUCUGGAGGAGGGGUCACAGUCGGUGACCUCAGGUGACAUCACCAAGGACCUGCCCAAAAGCUGCUUGUGAGCCAUAUCGCCGGUCUGUGAGUGAAGCCGUGUCUGAAUGAUCAGUUGUUCCUGUUCUCUCUCUCUCUCCCCCCACGUUGUCCAUCACCAUGGCAACGAUUACUGCGAACUGAACUACUAAACUGGACUGAACUUUGAGUCACUUUGAAAUUUGGUCAUUUACCCCUAGACAACGAUAGAGCUUGAUUGAUGCUGUUAUCUUAAUUCUGUACACAUGUGUGUUUAUCAUCGCUGAACUGUUGCAUUUAUUAUCCUUUCGAUUACUGUGUUGCUUGUUUCUUUAAUAAAACUUUCUUAGUUCUAGUACUCCAGGCUCCAACUGAGUGAUCCAUUUCUGCUGGUUUGGCAACCCAGUUACGGGGUACGUAACAUAAGUGGGGUUCUCAUCCGGGAUUUUGAACGCUAAAUUUGGGACGGAGUAAAUUGAUUGGGUUAAAAUUCCCGAAAGAAAGAAAAGACAAACAGCAGAAAUGGAGGCUGAGGAAUUUAUAAAGGCGCCGACCUUGGAGGCAUUAGAGGAUGCCAGGAAAUCGGAAUUGAUAGCUGUGGCCAAACGGUUGAAUCUUGCUAAGGUGAAGGCGACAAUGAGGAGAGAGGAGAUACACAGAGCUAUUGUAGAGCACUAUGUAUCUAAAGGUGUGUUUCCCCAAGGUGAGCUGGGGGUGGUGUCUAUUGAAAAACCUGCUGGAGACGUGGUACAGGUACAGCUUGAAAAACUGAGACUCGAGCACGAGUUCCGGGUACGGCAGUUAGAACACGAAGAGAAGGAGAGAGAGUUAGAAAGGCAAGAGAGGGACAGACAGUUGGAGAGAGAAGAGAAAGAGAGGGACAGACAGUUGGAGAGAGAGGAGAAACAGAGGGAAAGGGAAUUUGAGCUGGAGAAGUUAAAGAUAAGGGCCGAGCAGGGGCUCGUGCCGAACCAAGGUGGAGGGUUCCGGGCGACCCAGGAGGUUAGGCUGGUUCUCCCAUUUGACGAUACCGACGUGGAUCGGUACUUCCUCCACUUCGAAAAAGUGGCUAUAAAUCAGGACUGGCCGAGGGAUAAGUGGGCCGUGUUACUUCAGAGUGUACUAAAAGGGAAAGCCCAACAAGCUUACUCAGCUUUGUCCGCGGAAGAUGCCCAGAGGUAUGAGGUGGUGAAAGAGGCCAUCCUCAGGAUUUAUGAGUUGGUCCCGGAGGCACACCGGCAGAGGUUCCGGAAUGCGAAGAAACAGUGGGACCGCACGUGUUUGGAGUUUGCCCGUGAGAUGCAGAUAUAUUGUGAGCGUUGGUGCGCCUCGAAGGGGGUAGAGAGGGAUUAUGACAGACUGCUACAACUGAUCCUGAUUGAGCAGUUUAAAGGUUGUGUCCCUGAGGGUAUGAGACCCUACCUCGAUGAGAAAGAGGCAGCCACGUUAGCCGCAACUGCUAAGUUAGCGGAUGAGUAUGCAUUGACGCAUAAAAUGAAGUUUGCCCCGAGUAAAGGCUACCAGAAGGGUAUUCAGGACGGCGGGGAGAGUCCGCCGGAAAAGUCAGAAAGUAAGCCAGGGACUAGUGAAAAGGAUAAGGUAGACCGGGAGCAGUCUGGUAGGAAGUCUCCUGGGGUCGUCUGUUAUAAUUGUGGGAAAGCCGGACACUUUGCGUCCAGGUGCUUUGCCCCAAAGAAGGAGACGGGAAAAGGAAAAACCGCAAUGUUGAAUGGCUGUAUCGAGCUGUUAAGCGAACCGCUAGGGAAGGACAGGUCUGAAAAAGUCCAGGAAGGGCGCGAGAGGUUUAUCUCGGCCGGAUUGGUGUCAGUGAAGGAGGGGUUAAAACCAGUUCCAGUGCGGAUCUGGAGAGACACGGGAGCGUGUCAGUCACUAAUACUGAAGAGUGUAUUAGAGUUUAGCUCAGAGACCCAGACUGGGGAGGUAGAGAUCAAAGGUGUUGGGGAAGGGACAGAGUCACUCCCUUUACACCAGAUACAUUUACAGAGCAACCUGGUCUCUGGACCAGUCACGAUUGGGGUGAGGUCCGAAUUACCGAUGAAAGACGUGGAAGUCUUGCUCAGUAAUGACCUCGACGGGGGAAUCGUAUUCCCAGUCGUGAGAUUGACAGGUCAGCCUGCCAGCAUUGAGGCCCCGCCCAUGGACUCACAGGUUCAUCACGGGACCGCGAUAGUGAAUUUAGCUGAAACGUUUCUGCCAACCUUGUAUGAGACGGGGUGUAGUGAGACAAGAGGUAGUGAGGGAGCUGGGACGGACGUAGCAGUACCAGGAAAGAAUUUGUGCAGACGCAGGAGCGAGACGAGGGGCUGAUGGUUUUGGCAGAGACCGCUCUCUCUGACACAGCCUUGACAAGCUAUUGUGUGGAGGAGGAAGUGCUAAGGAAAAAAGGGAAAUCAAGUACAGUACCCGCAGAUGAGGAAUGGGGGGUGGUGCAAAAGAGUUAUGGGGAUGAGGUUUUUAACAUGGCCCACGAGGUACCCCCCGGUGGACAUUUUGCGGUGCUGGAGGAAACAGUUGGUGGAAUCAUGAAAGAGAUUUACCGGCUGCCCAGGGGGAAGAAUGUUAUUGAUCAUGACUGACGCGAACUGAGACGGUCACAGGCUUUUGAUAUGCUAACAAACCCAGUCGGUGUUAGCGUGGAAAUCAAUGAAGCUUGGGGCCCCCUGAUAAGAGAAAAAAACCAUUUUGAACAGAUUAGUAUGGGAUCGAUCAGAUGGGAGAAGGCUAUUGUUUUGGCCAGGUCUACUGAUAAGGUCUCUCCCUUAAUCCCCGAACAAAGCGAAUCUUUAGAAGAAGUAAUUAAAUGACUCGCACCCGUGUGUUUGAUUGUCCCGAGGAAAUGCAAAGAACUGGGACGUUGGGUGAUGUCUGUUACAAUAGGGCAGCCUAGUAAAGAACACUCAUAUAUAAUGAGUAAUUCAGUGACUAAAGGGCUGAUGAACACAGAGGUGUGUAUUGGCAAUUUAAUACGGCUGUCUGAAGCCAGCUUGAUAGUGAACCUUGAAAAAAAUGAAUUCGGCCACACGAGGGUCACUUACCUGGGAAUUGUGGUGACACAGGGGCAGCUGGCAGCGAUGCAAGCUACAGUGCAGGCUAUCGCUGACCUCCCAACCCCGACAGACAAGAGGGCCCUCAGAAGGCUCUUGGAGAUGGUGGGGUACUGCAGGAAGUUUUGCAAUAACUCUGCGGUCAAUACCCGUCCCCCUCCUACUAAGCCCUUGCGAGAGAAAACUGAGUCGGAAUGGGACGACCCUUGUUAUUGUGGUCCGGGACAAAGCCAAAUGAGAGGUUACAUUGAUCGCAAUUCAUCAGUGUUUUUGGCCACUAUGAAGUUUGCUGAGUUGGAGCCUGGUCUAAGGGAUUAUUAAUAACACAUAUAAAAGGAACAGAAAAUGUGAUGACUGUCUGUCAAGGUGUUGACAGCUUCAAACUCGCUGUGUUAGCCAAAUAGCUGAUAAAGAUGUAUAUUUGUGCGUGUAUCAAAUAAUGUAUUCAUGUUUGUAAUUUUUACCUCCCGGUAAAAAUCCUUAAAGGGGGGAAGUGUGACGAAUACACGUAUAUAAGAUGUUAGCUGUCCUGUGUGAUCAGCAGUUGGUCUGUCACCUGUCUUCAAGAGAGAGAUAAGGGACACAAUGAAACAGCACCUGGAGAUGUGUAGAGAGCUGUCUGGAGCGGCUCCCCCUUUGAACCCUGAACUGUCUGAAGUGAUGGACAGGCGAUACCCCAGCAGGGGGAUAAAAAGGGACCGGUUUGCUAAGGCAGGACACACACGCCACCCGAGGUAACGAGACCCUGGAAGCGGUACGCCUCUCACGAGUUGGUGGGAAGUACCAGACAACGGCCAGGGUGGAAAGGUACGAUCAGCGGGAACCCGGUGUGUGUCCGCCCUUGCCUGGGUGCCGGGUUCACUGCAGAGGAUCGACCGCAUCUGGAGGAGGGGUCACAGUCGGUGACCUCAGGUGACAUCACCAAGGACCUGCCCAAAAGCUGCUUGUGAGCCAUAUCACCGGUCUGUGAGUGAAGCCGUGUCUGAAUGAUCAGUUGUUCCUGUUCUCUCUCUCUCUCUUCCCCCACGUUGUCCAUCGCCAUGGCAACGAUUACUGCGAACUGAACUACUAAACUGGACUGAACUUUGAGUCACUUUGAAAUUUGGUCAUUUAUUCCUAGACAACGAUAGAGCUUGAUUGAUGCUGUUAUCUUAAUUCUGAGCACAUGUGUGUUUAUCAUCGCUGAACUGUUGCAUUUAUUAUCCUUUCGAUUACUGUGUUGCUUGUUUCUUUAAUAAAACUUUCUUAGUUCUAGUACUCCAGACUCCAACUGAGUGAUCCAUUUCUGCUGGUUUGGCAACCCAGUUACGGGGUACGUAACAGGGCCUAGAAGACAGCUGUAAAUUUUGAAAACAGGAGGAUGAGAGGAAGUUUUUUUUUGGUAUUACCUGGUAGAAUAACUUUGAGGUAAAGUAUUUACAGGUUAGAAGCACUCCAUUUUUAUUAUAAGGUAAUUUUUAUUGCAAAUUAAGCUAAGCAUAGAUUAAUAAGUACUUUAUUGAUCCUGAGUGGGAUUAUUGUACAGUAUUGUACAGCUCUUUCAGCCCACAAUAUUGUAUCAAACCAAACCCGACUCUUAAUUAACCUAAUCUCACUUGCCCACACAUUGGGCUCAUCCCUCCCUUCUCUUCACGUUCAUAUGCUGAAGGUCUCCUUAGCCCUAUUUCACUCUCGAUGUAAACAAAA